CCGCCGCCGCCCCCACCAUGGGGAAGAGGCAGCACCAGAAGGAUAAGAUGUACAUAACAUGUGCAGAAUACACAAACUUCUAUGGAGGAAAGAAAGCAGAUAUUCCACAAACUAAUUUUAGACGCUUAUCUUUUGAUCAUUGCAGCUUAUCCCUGCAGCCAUUUGAAUAUCCAGUUUGUACACCAGAUGGAACAGUUUUUGACUUGCUAAGUAUUGUUCCUUGGAUAAAGAAAUAUGGGACCAAUCCAAUCUCAGGAGAGAAGCUGGAUGCCAAAAAUCUUAUCAAACUGAACUUUGCUAAAAACAGUGAAGGUAAAUACCACUGCCCAGUGCUGUUUACUGUGUUCACCAAUAACUCCCACAUAGCGGCUAUCAAGACAACUGGAAAUGUUUAUGCUUAUGAGGCAGUUGAACAGCUGAACAUAAAACCUAAAAACUACAAGGAUCUUUUGACAGAGGAACCUUUUACUCGGCAGGACAUCCUGACACUGCAGGAUCCAACCAGCUUGGAAAAAUUUAAUGUCUCCAACUUCUUCCAUGUUAAAAACAACUUAAAAGUGACAGAUCCAGAUGAAGAAAAAGCAAAACUAGAUCCAUCUUACUAUUUGAAAAAUACAAAUGCAGAGACCCGAGAGACUUUACUGGAACUUUAUAAAGAAUUCAAAGGCGAUGAUAUUCUAGCAGCUACAAUGAAGGCUCCUGAAAAGAAAAAAGUGGAUAAGCUGAAUGCAGCUCACUAUUCCACAGGAACAGUAAGUGCCUCAUUCACAUCCACUGCGAUGGUGCCAGAAACUACACAUGAAGCAGCUGCCAUUGAUGAGGAUGUUGUGCGGUACCAGUAUGUGAAAAAGAAAGGUUAUAUACGGCUGCACACCAAUAAAGGAGACUUGAACCUGGAGCUGCACUGUGACAUGACACCCAGAGCAUGUGAAAACUUCAUCAAACUAUGCAAAAAGAACUAUUAUGAUGGAACUGUUUUUCACAGAUCAAUUCGUAAUUUUGUGAUCCAAGGAGGUGAUCCUACUGGAACAGGAACAGGAGGAGAGUCUUAUUGGGGGAAACCUUUUAAAGAUGAAUUCAAGCCAAAUCUGUCACAUACAGGACGUGGUGUUCUCAGCAUGGCCAAUUCAGGACCUAACACCAAUAAAUCACAAUUCUUCAUCACAUUUCGUUCUUGUGCGUACCUGGACAAGAAGCACACAGUGUUUGGCAGAGUGGUUGGCGGCUUUGAGACUCUGACAGCAAUGGAGAAUGUUGACAGCGAUCCAAAAACAGACCGUCCCAAGGAGGAAAUACGAAUUGAGUCAACAACUGUUUUUGUUGAUCCGUAUGAAGAGGCAGAUGCUCAGGUUGCUGCAGAGAGAGAGAAGGCGCAACAAGAGGAAGCAGCAGCCAAAACUAAAGCUCAGCCUGUGGUGACAAAGAAAGAGACCCAGGCUCCCAAGACUUACCGGCAAGGGAUAGGGAAGUACAUUAACAUGGCUGCAAUGAAGCGAACAGUAGAAGAGGAUGGGCCUUCAAACAGUGCAGCUGUGAAGAAAGAGAAAAAGAGUGCAGGCUUUGGGGACUUCAGUUCCUGGUAGCACAGUGGGGAGCCUGUCACUGGAGAACUACAGCAGAAGAGAGCCUCCCACUAGCCCCAGAGAGCCUGACAGACAGGCUGUCCUGGGGAGGGAAGUCACAAGCCCACCCUUCCAGUGGGGAAGAAAAUCACUGCUUUGUUAAAGCUCAUUAAUGCGGCUUUGUGUUCUAGAGAGCGACGUUCCUCCAACUGCAUCUACCUCGAAGGCCUUUUUAUUGUGUUGUUUUUAUAGCCGUGGAGUGGGCAGCCCUACUAUUUUUUCAAACCAUUGCCUCUUUAGAGCCUCUUUCUUUGCCUUGCUGUCUGGCCGAUAAAGCAGAACCAUGUAACAUGGGGACAGCAGCUUGCUAUGCCUUUUUCAGGUAACCACUUGCAAAUGAGACGGGUUACUACUGCCAAGGGCAGGAAAGGGGCAACUCAGCUCUAGCGCAGGGGGUUGGGGUUGGGUGCGUAGGUCUUUGCUGGAACCAUGGACUCCUGGUUUUCCUUCACUGGGCUUUGGUCCCCUUUUGAGCCCUUGUUCUGGCCCAGGAUUGCUGGAUAGAUCUGUCUGCAGUCCUACCUCCUAAUAGGCUUAUAGACUACUGUCUGUCCAUACAAAUCCUCUUCUCCUUGACCAAAUAGAGCAAUUGUUGCAGCCAUCCAGUUCCCUCCAACCUGAGAAUCAAAUUCUGUGUGCCUGAAGGUGUCUCUCCCUACCUUAACGAGGCUUUCAGGUGUUGAGUAGAAAUUUUACUAUCUGAUUGUAAAUAAUACAUUUCUAUUGGCAUUUUCGUAUUUUAUUUUAGGAGAAGUCUCCAUUUAUACAGAAUUUCAAUAAAAUCUUUGG